GACCCAUUUUCCUAUUCUUCCUUAAAACCAUGCAUGUCUAUUCAAAAUCGUUUCUUUUUCGUAAAGGGUAAAUUAAUCAUCUCAAUUUUAUGUUAUAGUGUGAAACCCUUGAUAUCAUUUGGGGUGCAUUUUCUCUGUUUCAAAUUUUGUAGACUUAAGCAAGUUUUGGCGGCAAUGUCCGAUAAAGGAGGAAAGGGAGGUUCGCUGUUAAGCAAAGGAUCCCUUAAGGGGAAAGAUGAUAGUGCAACAAAAUCAGCAAAGGGAAGGAAGGUUCAGUUUUCCAAAGAAGCUGAUUUUACUAAAGGAGGAAAAGGCGACAAGGUUGCAAAUGGUGGAAAGAGUUCUGCAUCAAAAGACCCACAUCAAUUUGAACAUAGAGUUGAUCAAGGACUUCCAGAAAACUUCAAAUGCCUGAUGGACUGUGAGGCUGCAGUUAUUUUACAAGGAAUUCAAGAUCAUAUGGUUAUGCUAUCUAGAGAUCCAUCUAUCAAAAUCCCUGUAUCAUUUGACAAGGGACUGAGCUAUGCCAAAAGCUCCAGCAAGUAUUCAAAUCACGAGUCUGUUAGACGCACUCUUGAGCCUCUAAUGGAUCACGGUCUCACUGAGAGCGAGAUAUCUGUGAUUGCUAAUGUAUGCCCAGAAACUGCUGAUGAAGUUUUUGCUCUCCUCCCAUCAUUAAAGGGUAAGAGAGGCAUUAACAGCCUACCUAUCGAAAAAUCAUUGAGCGAGCUUGCCAAGCUUAAACAGCCGAUGUAACUAAAACCAUAUAAUGGAACGGUUCACUGUUUUACCAUUUUAGGAGAGCUAGAAGUAACCGCAUUUGCAAAUGUAGCACAUUCAAAAAAGUCGUUGAGCUCACUAACUGAGACAAUGUAAUAUGGAAAACUUGUUCUGAGUUUUAUAUUCUCGUUUUAAUUGUUUAGUCUUCUGCUGUUAGGAUGUAUAUUGGUCUAAUGUGGAUUUCUAAUGGAUCUUUAUAAAUGGCAACAAAGGAGAAACUUGGUGACAGUUAGAGAUGAUAUAUCAUCCAUUUCACAGUUGAAUCUUC